CAUUUCCGCAUUUGAGUGUUUUGGAUCAUUCUACAAUAUUUUUGUAAUACGAAGAAAGGGGAAUAGUUCAUGUGUAUUUACCAUUAAAGUAAUAAUAAUUAAAAUGGGAUAAAUUAUGGGAAGUACACCAGAUAAGUUUUAUCAGAAAAUAAAACGAGCUGGUCCAUUGAUACAUGCAAAAUAAUUAUCAGCGCCGCUCAGAAAAGCCCAUGACUUUACACUUUUACACAGCUAUCGCCAUUUCAUCAACAAACUGGUUUCGUAGGCUUCCCUAAUAAUACCCUUAACCACGACGUGAAGCAGCCAGUCUGUCAAUUGCAAGCCAUUCGAAAUGUUUGAAGCGCAUCGGAAUCGAUCUCUGCUGUUGGUGGUGCUUCUUUCCUUGGCGUUCGCCAGAUGUUCUGGAUCGUGGAACGCCACGAGCUGCGGGCAUCGUUGCGGAGGAGGCGACUGCAUCGAUUUGGACCAGCUUUGUGAUGGCCGGGCCGACUGCUUGGAUGCCUCCGACGAGACGUCCGCCAUGUGCGAAAAGGUCUGGUGUCCGGGCUAUGGAUUCCGCUGCAGCUACGGAGCGUGCAUAGCCAGCACGGCGGUUUGCGAUGGUGUGCGCGAUUGUGUGGACGGAUCGGAUGAGGAGGGAUGGCUGUGCCGGGCUCAAAUGCAGCAGGCCAACUGCGACAACUGGGAGAUGUACUGCUCCUCCGGACAGUGCAUGCCCUACUCCAAGCUUUGCGAUGGCAUCCGGGAUUGCCGGGACGGCGAUGACGAGCAGGAGUCACUUUGCGAAGGUGUCGCCAUACCAACCACAACGGUCAGAACAACCACUGCAGUCACGGAAAACGGUGGCAUAGUGAUAACACCCACAUUGACCACGACGAGGAGACCACCACCCAAUCCUAUUCAGAAGAACGGGGAAUGCGUGAUUCCCCAGUUGCCAAAUGUGAUAGUUAAACACUUCACCGAUGCAAUCCUUCCAGCAGGCUCAAGAGUAGCCAAUGGCACUCGUAUCUACUACGAGUGCCCAGCGGAACACUCACUCAAAGGGGAGCACCAGAACAUUUGUGAGGACUCGCUGUGGAUUAACAAAUUUCCCUACUGUGAAACACCCACAGCCUUUGUCUUCAGUCUGGUGAUAUCAUUAUUCUCCUUCCUGAUCGUAGUACUGCUGAUCCUUAUUUGGCGGGUUCGUCGGGACAAUGACCACAGAAGGCAACGUGAGGAGCACAUUUGGCUGGUGGAGACCAGCACCAAUCGUGCCCAGCAAUCUGACAUACCAAAGGUUUAGGGACUACUUGUAAUCUAAGUAAUAGUUCUCUGAUGCUCUGAGUAUUAAAUGCUUUCAAUUUUUUAAA